AUGGAAGACGACGCUAUAUCUAUCUCUGAUGCCUCUGGCGAUGAAGAAUACCUGGAUCGGCGUGCCAUCCUCGAACCUGCCAUCCGGAGCGUGGUCGACGCGCUCGGUGGCUACGAGAACGGGUCGUAUCGCCUCGGUGACGAAUGUUAUGGGUGCUUGAAGGAUCUCAAGAAGCUCUGGAGGAAGGAUGACACGGAUGAUGAGCGUACUGUGGCUCGUAUCUUCUGGGAGACGAGGGUACUUCCCAACGACCUCGUUCCUAUUCUGUUGGAGACCGCAGGCAAGGGACUCCUGGAAGACAAGUGCGCCAUUGCAUGCGCCGAUCUCAUGACCGCGAUGACAUGGCCGAUUGACAUGGCGGAGGAGUUGAAGGAGCUCGAUGAAGAGCACGACAAGGGGACGGACUACACGCAGCUCGCGCUCAGCCAUCUGCACUACAAGGCGGCUCUCCUGAGGCCAGGUGUCAUCCAGGCACUUUUCGGGAUCACCCUGCCAUGUUUGGCCAAGAGUCCCAAGGAGCGCAAGGAGCGGGACAUCCAAAUCAUCAACGUUGUGCUUUACCUUAUUCGCAACCUGGCGUUCAUCAAGGACUUGCCGCCGAACAUGCACCUCAGCGCAGACCAGGCCGAGUUUUCAUCUUUGCAGUCUCGCCUGGUCAAAACGCUGUCAGACGCGAAUGUUCUGGACUUUCUCGUUACAAUCGCGUCAAGCGUCAGCACCGACCCGAUGUUCAACGGUUGGAACGCUCUUGUACUCGAGAUGUUCUAUCUUCUCUUCCGAGGCAUCACGCCUUCCUCGCUAGCGUCGGACCAAAGUAAGGAGCCAACGCAGAACCUGCGGCGCCUCCUCGCUGUAGAGGACCAGCGGAGGCGAGACUUUCGCCGGAAUGCUACAUCACGACACUCCCGAUUCGGUACAACACUCUCAGUCAAACUGAACCCCAAGAAGUCGCAAGCAAAAGCGGUCGACGAAGAGGCCCCGCAGGCUGAUGCCGAACCGGCAGGAGCAUCCCAGACAUUGGUCCUCCACCACCAGCAAGCGCUAAACCGAGACUCAGGCAGCAUCGUGGAUCAGUUGAAGAAACAGAGGAAGCAAAAGAGCAAGAAGGUAGAUGAGCUGGCGCGAGAGGACAACCUAUCCGUGGACGCGAAACUCUUACUACAGAACCUCGCGCGCACAUUCAUCGAGGCUUGCUUCAAUUCGUUCCUCUCAUCGCUACUGAAGGAUAUCAGAGCCGAGAGGGCGAAGAUCACCGAGAAGGAUAACCUCCGGCUGCUGUAUGUGGCGAAGUGGUUCCUGGAGUUCUUUCUAUGUGUCCGUGCCAGCCAAGGAUCCGACAACGCAUGGAGUUUCGGUCUGAUCGCAGAGGUGACUGAUCGGGCAUGGAUUGUCUGGGUGCUGAAGCGCAUGCGUCAGGCCGUGGAAGAGAAGCCGAAAGCCUGGAACGAGCUCCAAGCCGGCAUCGACUGUCUCACGCAGCUCGUCCUCUUGAUCGACGCUAUGUCUACGUCGCCUGUCGCCUCCGAAGCUGAUGUCGCGGACGUUCUCCAGCAGCAACUCAUCUACAACGGCGAGGUGCUGGACCUUGCGUUUGACAGCCUCCGUGCGUACCGGGAGAACACGCAGAGUCUGGCAUACCUUGAUUCGAGUGUGCACCUUGCGUAUGCGCUCUUCCGGAUGCUCGAGCGCUGGGGAAAGAAACGCAGCGGGAAGGGUGAGAUGUAUGUCCGGCGGAAAGAGAAGGCGAGGAGAAGGAAAGGUGAGGACGACGGCGUACCGGAUGAAGAAGAGGAGCCGCAAGUCGAUCAGGAUGACAUGAUCCAUGAGACCAUGUUCACAUUCGACAUGUUUGAAGCGAAAUUCGCUCACUCGGACAUCACACAAACUCUGCUGUCGUGCGUCUCCCGGUACAAGGAGUUCACGUCAGCGGACAAGAUGAAGCGCGUCGUGAGCCUGAUGCAUCGGCAAGCCGUCAAGGCCAAGGCAGAGGGUCUCUACUUCAACGUAUCUACUCUGGAUCUCUUCAAGAACAUUCUCGCGGACGAGAAGUCCAUGCCAAAGGACCAGCCCUACAAAGACCUCAUGAAUCUCAUCAAUACAUCUUGCGCCAGUUUUUCAAGGCCGUUGAGGAGGAAUCGUUCCUCGUUGUCAGGCGUCUUCCCCAUGAACCGGGGCCACUGGAAGGAAUUCUCGAGUUGGACGCCCGAGGAGAAGAAGAGCGGUCGGGCUGAGAAAGUGGAGGACACCAGGUUCCCGCAGGAUGUCCAGGUCAAGAAAGGAUAUUCAUGGAGCGAGCAGCUCGGCAUCGCGAUCGCGUGUCUGGUUGAGGAGGGCAAGAUCGAGUUGAUAGACUGGGUGAAGCAGAUUCUCAUGCUCGCUAUGGGGCAGCGACAACGUAUCAUCGAGGAUACGGAUGGCUCGUCUUCGAACGUCAUCGACGUGGACAGCGACGACGAGCACGAGAACGAGCUCGCGGCGGUCACUGCGAAAAGAGGACCGUCUGAGGAAGCUCUCGCAAAGAUCACCGACUACUUAAUUCCCUAUGUCACUGACGAACAAGCCAAUGCCGCCACUCAAGAUCCGCAUCUCAAGCUUCUGUUUCGUCUCAUAAAAUUCGAGAUUCUGGACGAAGACGCGAAUGAGCUGGAAUGGCACAUCCCUGCAGCGAUUUUGCCCUCUGAUCUCCAAAGCUAUCUCAACGUUAUCAACCAGUUCCUCGAGAGCCCGAUCGAACUUGAUGGUAAGAAAGCGUCGCAGCUACUCAACAAGAAACGACGCAGACGGCGGCGACGCCGUUCGCCUUCCCCCGACCCUGAUGCGAGCGCCUCGGAGGGCGAAGAGCCGAAGAAGCGGAAGGAGAAGAAGAAAAAGGAGAAGCAGCAGUACAAGUCCGCACAGUUCAUCGAGGACAGCGAUGCGGAGAUGGAGGACUUAGAGGCCUUCCUCGAGAAGGAGAAGGCUCUCAGAGAGCGGACUGCGCUGUUGGCGGCGUCCACAGGGCAUAUCGCGACAAUGAGGCCUACUGGGACGAAGAAGCGGCGCAAGCGGGCGACGGAUGACGGCGGUGCAAAGAAGAGGCGGCGCAAAGGGCGGAAGGGGGCCGACGCAGAGGAGGAAGUGGAGGAGGCACAGAGUGCACCGAAGGGCGACGACAGCGAUUCAGACGACAGCGACCUGAACCUUUUCGGCUCGCCCAGAAGAUCUCCCUCAACUCAGCCAACCUCCCCUGACCCUGUCGAGGCAGAGCCGCCAAAGCCGAGGCCAAGGCCGCGUCCACGGCGGAAGUUGGCCAGUGAAGCUGUGGAGGACACUACGCAAGAUCCGCAUCCGACACCUGCCAAUGCCGAGGACAGAACUGUAAAAUCUCCGUCGCCGCUUCCAUCCGCUCUAGAGGUCAAAAAGAAAGGAAGAUUGCAACUUGUUACUUCAGAUGGGGAAGACUAG